AGCAAUGGAAACUAUUUCCUAUCCCCCUAUCUUCCUCGCAGAAGUUGGACAUAAGAUGAAUAGCUCUCGCAGCUUUGGGCACAAUGAGACAGUAGUAGACCAAUGGGAAACAUUAGGGAGACCAAUAGCCUGUGUGAUUCUGGCACUGUCCUUCCUGGUGGGCGCUCCAGGGAACCUGUUGGUGAUUUGGACGAUCCUGCGGCACGUAAAGCGGCGCUCCCACACCGUGGUGCUCAUCCUCCACCUCGCUGCCGCUGACCUGCUCGUCCUCGUCACCCUGCCGCUGUGGAUAUACUCCUUCGCCCACUCCUGGGUCUUCGGCGAGGCCGCGUGCAAAGCCAUGGUCUACAUCAUCAAUUCCUGCAUGUACAGCAGCGUGUUCCUCAUCACCGCCAUGAGCGUGGAGAGGUUCGUGGCUGUGCGCUACCCCUUCCGUUUGAUGAGCUUGAGAAGGAAAGAAAUGAUGAACAAGUUGUUGAUUGCCAUUUGGAUCCUGGCAUUUCUGUUCGGCAUACCAACCAUUCUGAGCCACUGCGUCGGUGAACUGAGCGGGACACAGCAAUGUCUUUUCCAGGAGCACGGCACGUUGGGCCAGGAGCUGGCCAUCCUGCUGCUGGAAACCUUGGUGGGCUUCGUGAUACCAUUUCUCAUUUUAAUCACCUGCUACAGCCUACUGUCCAGAGACUUGAAGCAGCUGAACUACAGCAGCAAACAGAAGACCGCUAUUCUGAUAAACAGCGUGGUCAUUGCCUUUGCAGUGUGCUGGCUCCCUUACCAUGUUCUCAACCUCGUCAGCUUCGUAAGCAGCCUGACGGAGAAGUCGAACGAAGUGGCUGACUUCCUACAGAGCGGCACCUUCAUUUCUGGGGCGCUCGCAUUCAUUAGCAGCUCAGCCAAUCCCGUGUUGUAUGCCUUUGCGGCGAAGAGCUUCCAGGGCAGCCUGAGAGAGUCCGGACUUCUGAAGCUCUUUCAGGAGAUCGCCACUCACACCCACAAGACAAAAGGGACGGCAAGCUCAUCCUUGGACAAGCCAAACGGCGUCGAUCACAUCGAACAGAUGGAAGUGUAAACAGAUUCAAUCAAAAUCUGGAUAUGCACGCAGUACGUGAGUUCAUUUAGACGACAUCUGCAAUCGGCUGUGAAAAUGUACUGCAGCCGAGAAGCUGUGUUGUGCUUGGACCCAUGAUCCCACAGGCGGGAGAAAGACCGGGGUCAGGGACAAUAUCUCCCUCAAACAAAUCUUUAGUCUCUUUUUUUAAUCAUAUUUACAAUGGCAAAAGGAGGAGAAUAAAACAUCAAUCACAUUCAACACUGUAAUCUCCAUGGUUGCAAAAUGAUUACGACUGAUAUUUGUCAAAGUUUUUUUUUUCUCUUUUUUUGUGAAUAUGCCAGACUGUUUCAAAUAUAUUACCGAAAUACAUUAUUUUGAAUUGCCUGCCUUAAAAUGCAUUUAUGUUAUGCUGAUGAUCAAUGCUAUUUCAAAAUGAUACAGCAGGAUGUAACUGUUCAUGUUACUGCCACAUAAUAUGUAGGUUAUAUUCAAUUACAAUAAAUUAUAUAAAUAUAGCAAAAGAACGCAUUUGAUUUUUAGAAAUGCAUUUGAUUAAGAAGUUGUUGAAUGGAAAAUAUUUAGUUUGUUUUUUAAUGUAUGUGCCUCACAGUAGUGGAAACAUGUUAUUUACCUGAUUAAAUAUUUUCUGUAAACUGAUUGAAUUAAAAUCUGUGUUUCACUA